AUCUUCAAUAUUUUCCAAAGCGUGAUCAUUAUGUACGGCGGGCUGAGAAACACGGGUGGGCGGGUUCUGGCACGGCACAGGUGGACAUGGCAAUACAAUGGCGUAGCAACAAACACCAGACGGAGUCUCUCCGAGCUAUACACAAAAAGCAAGCCGGCAGAACCCCCAAGGCAGCACAGACAGCGUCGGCAGUGCCUCUGCCCAGGCAGCACGAUCGGGGGCACUGAGUCCAAAAGCGCAGGCCGAGCAUGACGCCGAGAAGCAGACACGAGGACUGCAGGGCACAGCAGAGGAGUUCUCACGCACAGUGCACACGGACCAGUGGGAGGCCGACGAGAUCUGGCUGCGGUACAUUGCUUUGCCGUUCGGAAUCAUACCAGUAUCUACGGACAAUAGACGUGAACCGAGCGCUGGCGAUGAUCCGGCUCGCAGUGCGCACACCAACAACAACGACACUGAACCGCAUGCUGGCAGUAUACGGGCGCGCCAAGCGAGCCGGCGUCGCGGCCGAUGCGAUCACGUUCCAGGAGCUGAUUGCCGUCAAUGUCGGGAUGGUGAACUUCCGGCACGCGCGCCGAUGGCUGGCGGAAAUGCAGCGGCAGGGCAUCCAGCCGACAAUCCGGCCGUUCCGCACGCUGCUUAGGGGCCUGGGGAAGGCCGGCGAAAUCGACGGAGCGCGGGCGCUGUGGCUGGAGAUCAAGCGCAUGCUGGCAGCCGGCGAAAUCUCCGACGGGCUGGACCGCGCGACAUACACUUGCAUGGUUGGCGCCGAGGCCCGUGUGGGCAAUUUCGCGGCGGCGUUGCGGCUGCUCAACGAGAUGACAGCAGCCGGGAUUCCGCAGGACAUCACCAUGAUCGCUAGUGACGGGCUGGUGCUCGACGGGUUCUCGUUCAAUGUGCUGCUGGAGGCUGCGGCGCGGGAGGGCGAUCGGGAGGCUGCGCGUGAUCUGCUCUCGCAGGCAGGCGGCGGCUGGCGUGGUGCCCACAGCCAGCGUGGUGCAGAGGCUGCCGUUUGCGGGGCUCGAGACGCUGGAGGUGCUGGCGCAGGGGCCUACAACUCGCUGAUUGUGGCGGCCGCGCGCCGCAACCAGUUUGCCCAGGCCCAGCAGCUGCUGGCGCAUAUGCGGACACAUGAUGUGGUGCCCAAUGCAGUGACAUAUACAGUGCUGCUGGAUGCGCUGGGCAAGGCUGGGCGGUGCGACGAGGCGCAUGCAGUGUACGCGCAGAUUGUGCGCGAGGGUGUGGUGAAGCCGGAUACACACAUGAUCGCCACCAUGGUCGAUGUCAGCGGGCGCCAGGGCCGCGUGGGCCAAAUGCAUGCCUACCGCCAGGCGCUGCAGCAGUUUGGCCUGCCGCCGACCAUUGUGAUCUACAACUCCAUCCUGGCAGCCCUGGCGCGCCAGCCCAAGGUCGAUCUGGACGCCGUGGUCCGCACGCUGCAUGCGCUGGUCCACGAGCGCCCACUGGUGCGCCCCACCACCCGCACCAUCAACUCUGUCUUCUCAGCCUUUGCCCAGCGCGCGCGCAGCAGGCCGUUGAGCGAGUCCAGACGCCGCUUUCUGCGCGCCUGGUGGGAGCACACCAAAGAGAAGCACUUUGUCGAGAAGGACGCAUACACCUACGCCCUGGCCAUCGAUGCAUUCGCGCAUUCCGAGAGCCUCGACGACUCGCUGGCCUUCGCCGAGUCGCCGAACCGCAUGCUGGCGCUGAUGCGUCUGGCUGCCACCGCCCAGGAGUUCGACCUUGUAUUGCGGCUCUGGCGCAACUGGCAUGCGUUGCGGCUGCCGCCGUCCGAGAAGGCCGUGGCAUUCAUGCUUCUGGCCUGUGACCAGCUCGGCCAUGUCGACCAGGCCCGCGACAUUGUGCAUACUAUGCUGACUCCGCCAGCGCCCGCCAUGCCCCAGAGCGUCAAGGAGCCGGUCCAAGACGAGCCGCAGGCGCUGGUCCAGCAGAGUCUUGAUCUGGACGCACCCGUGUCGUUCCGCCCCGAGAUGCUGGGCGAGUCCGCCCUGGCCAUGUUCAUCGGCAUGGCUGUCAAGCACCAGGCCCUGGACGAUAUCAUGCCGGCUAUCCGUCUGUGGGCCGCCGACCAUGAGCAGGAGCUGCUCCGCCCACUGCCCCGCCGCGAGCUGUCGGAGCGCUCCGUGGCCAAGAUCCUGGCUCUUCUGCGCCACUCUCCCGACCACCACGCAGAGCGUAUCGCCGACCAGUUCCUGGCCUUUGUUGAAGACAACUUCCCCGAGUCCAUGCCAAUGUAA